GAAGUAGAGUAGCAGCUACUCUUACGCUUCUUCCAGCGUUAUAUUUAUAUAAUUGAAGCAAUCCAAUAAAAUUACAACAAAGAAGGAAAGUUGGUCACUUAUUUAAACCUCUAAAACUGAGUAAGAGUAGAGGAACCCAAGGCUUUUCUUUUUCUCAUUUCGGGUUUUGUAUUUUUUUUAGAACCAUACUGUUUUUGGCAGUUUUGAGAGUGAAUUUAGCGAAAAAAAAAGAAUCCACACAAAAAUGGAGAGGAGCACUCCAGUGAGGAAACCACACACUUCCACAGCAGAUCUUCUCACUUGGUCCGAAACUCCAAAUACCCAUUCCCCCGCCUCCGCCCCGCGCUCCACCCGCCCUUACCAGCCGUCGGAUGGGAUCAGGAAAGUGGUGUUUGGAGGUCAAGUGACAGAUGAAGAAUUUGAAAGCUUAAACAAACGGAAACCUUGUUCUGGAUAUAAAAUGAAGGAGAUGACCGGCAGUGGUAUUUUUGCAGCCAACGGUGAAAAUGAUGAGUUAGAACCAGGUAGUGCCAAUUCCAUUCCGAACGGCAAAACAGGACUUAGGAUGUACCAGCAAGCCUUAGCUGGAAUCAAUCACAUCUCAUUUGCUGAGGAUGAAAGUAUUUCCCCCAAACAGCCAACUACUCUUACAGAGGUAGCGAAGCAGCGUGAGCUAAGUGGAACAUUGAAAAGUGAGGAAGCAAUGUUGACGAAGCAGCUCUCUGAUGCAAAGUGCAAGGAGCUUAGCGGACAUGACAUCUUCGCGCCUCCACCUGAAAUUUUGCCCAGGACGACAACCGUACGUGCAUUGGCAUUGAAGGAUAAUUUUGACAUGAGAGAACCUGAUAUGCAUAAUCCUGCUGCAGGUAACAUGUCAAGUGAGGAGGAGGUGGUUAAGACAGCAAAGAAAAUUUAUGAUAAGAAGUUUGCUGAGCUUUCAGGAAAUGACAUAUUUAAGGGUGAUGUUCCACCAGGUUCUGCAGAGAAACCGCUUAGCGUGGCAAAACUGCGAGAGAUGAGCGGCAGCAACAUCUUCGCUGAUGGGAAGUUAGAGUCUCGAGACUACUUCGGUGGUGUACGCAAACCCCCUGGCGGCGAAAGCAACAUUGCUUUGGUUUAAUUUCCCGGGUUUUACGAGUCAUUUUGGUGGUGUCUUUCUGUUAUCUUCAUUGGGGUGGUGUUUAUAUUAUUUGACCUUUACCGUUAUGGGUUCCGGAAUUGUUGUUUUAGGUUCAACGUGUCAAGUAGAGCUAUGGACCUAUACUAAUUGCUGUGUUUGUCCAUGAGUCUAGAGGAUUUUGGUCCGUCUCAGUGAAUGUCUUGGGCCGUUUCAUAUUUAAUUUUAUUUCUUAGCGUUGUAUUGGUUUUCAUUUUAUUUGUUUGUGUCUAUAUUAUUCAGUUUUGUACAAGUGUUAGAACAUGAGUAGAUUUGAUAAUGGGUCGGACCAGAUCCAGUUAAUCAAAAAAUACCGACUUCAACAA